AUGAAGCAAUCGAAGGCCGUUGUUGCUGCGCUAGCUCUCGGCGUCGUGGUCACCGCGGCGGUGCUGCUGCCCGGAGCGACAGUGGCGGCGGUCGCGACGCGGCCGACCAAGUACACGUACCAGGAGGACGCGAGCAGCGACUUCAUAAGGAGCGUGGGCACGUUCUCGGUAACCGUGUACAAGCUCUCCCACGGGCUCACCAUGUACUACGCGAGCACGUCACAGUGCUGGUCCGUGGCGUCCGGGGAGGGCUACGAGUACUGGAUGGUGCUCACGGCAAAGAACGGCGCAGGGGUCUACAGCAGGUAUGUGUCCAUCGUCUGGGGCAUCCCGGGGUCCGAGUCCAGGACGUGGAAGCUACUCAGCUUCAGCAGCACCGACUGA